UAUUCGAUAGCUUAUGAUAGAGAAAAUGUACGUCAUGUGAUUGUGGAUUCUUUUUUUCGCACGGAGCAGUCACCUGUCGGGCAAGAAAAAUACAAUUACGCCUGCAAUUCGAUAGUCAAGAAAAAGCAGCAAGAUGGCGGCCCAAAUACGCACCGUGGUGUCCCAAACGUUUAUAUGGCUUUUCCUCGCCGUGGCCACCAUCCUGACCCUGUACUUUGUGAUGACAGGCAAGGGCGAGCGGGUGAGCGUGGGCUGGUUCCUGGCCUCCUCAAACCCGUACAUGUGGGCCUGCCUGGGCAUCGGACUUUCCGUCUCUCUGUCCGUGGUGGGCGCCGCCCUUGGCAUCCACACCACGGGCACGAGCAUCGUGGGCGGUGGCGUUAAGGCUCCUCGCAUCAAGACCAAGAAUUUGAUCUCCGUCAUCUUCUGCGAGGCUGUGGCCAUCUACGGCCUUAUCACGGCCAUUGUCUUGUCCGGCCAGCUGGAGCAAUUCUCCAUGGAGACGGCGCUGACGAAGGCUGCCAUCCAAAACACCAACUGGUUCUCCGGUUACCUCAUCUUUGGCGCCGGUCUGGCCGUCGGCCUGGUCAACCUCUUCUGCGGCAUCGCUGUCGGAAUUGUGGGUUCUGGAGCUGCCCUUUCGGACGCAGCCAAUGCCGCUCUUUUCGUCAAGAUCCUGAUCGUUGAGAUCUUCGGCUCGGCCAUCGGUCUGUUCGGUCUGAUCGUCGGCAUCUACAUGACAUCCAAGUCGAAGAUGGGCGACAAGGAGUAAAAUGGACACCAGCUGCCAUCUAUUCAGUCCUACUCACUUCCAUCACCAGAAUGAACAACAAUCAUCAAUCGUCACGAAGGCAUUCCCCCAUUCCCCCCAAGCAGGCACGCUGAACACCAGUGUUUGCAUUUGGAAAUUAUUAUUUUUGGAAAUUACAAAUCGUUAUAUGCAGUCACAGCUUGCAGGAGACUUGCGCCCCAACAGAAAACGAAAUCCGAUCAGCCGAAACACUUUAAACUGGGACUUUAGUUACUUAUUAAGUUGAUAGUUGGCUAAGUUAGCUGUUGGUUUUCACGCCUCGCGCACUUUUUCAACCGCCAGCAUCACUCAAAGGAUUGGGGAGUGCGCCCGGUGUGAAAACGACAGUGAUUUGUUUAUUUAAUUAGUUUGCCAAACGAAAGACAACGUGUGUGUGUGUGUCCGUUUAUGAUUUUAAGUAAUUUGUUAUGUUUGUUACUGUACACACUUGGCACUUGUAUGGCUAAAUGAGAAUGUAUUAUAUUAACUACCGUAAAUCGAUAAACUUGUAUAUUUCAGGCUACUGUUGCAGAAAGGCAGAAGUUGUAGAAAGAUGCACAGUCGCACUAUUAUUAUUAUAGCAAGUAUUCCAUAUUAAAACAAAUAAUAAAAUAUAUA